CUGGGAUUCGCGUGUGUUUGUUUGUUUGUCCCUGGGCCCCGUCACUCUCUCGGGCACGGGCCCCCUCCUCUCGGCGCGCCCGCGCUUCGGCGCCGACGCCGUGGUGGACGCCCGGCGCGAGGCCAAGAGCCAGCUGAAGAUCGUGGACCGACUGCCAGCGGCACCUGGGCCGCAUGCGCCGCUUGGCAGCGGCUGGCCGGGACGAGUGGCAGGCCACCGUGGACGGGCUUCUCGCGGACCUCCUGCCCCACGUGCGCGUCGGGUCGCGGCGCGUGCCGCUGGAGGACUGUAAGGUGAUCGACCUGAUCGACCAGCCCGGCGCGUAUUUCCCUUCUAUUGACCCUGAGAUCCAGUGGGACACGUACUUGUCGGACGGCUUCCAGGUGUGGUACCUCGUCCACAAUGAGGAUUGCCUGGGAACCGGGGCAACAUGUUCGUCUUCGAGACGGACCGGGUGCCGACGUCCAGCUCCUCGACGCUGCGGCUGGAGGGGGACCGCCUCGAGCAGGUACUCCCCUCCGCCGGCCCGCGCGGCCCCGCCGCGCCGGUGGACGCGUCCGAGCUGCGCGCCCGGUACCUGGACAUCCGGAGACAUGCGGCCCGGCGAGUGCCUCGUGAUGUCGGCGGGGCGCCUGUACCACAUGUCCGACUUCCGCGUGCCGCGGCCGCGGCGCAGGGCCGUGAACUUCCGCGUGGCGGUGGCCCCCGAGGGCCUGCGCGUGGCCUGGGGGCCCUGGUCGCCCGACAGCUGCCUGAACCGCUGGCGCGCGCGGCGCUGCAGGCGCGGCCGGGGCGCCGGCGGGGAGGAUCGGGGGCUCAUCUACCCGGGCAGGUACGACCUGGCGGCCUGAGUGCCCGCCGCCGCCGCCGAACCCGAGGAGGCGCGCCCGCCGCCGCCGCCCGGCAGCCCGGCGGCCCGCGGGGUCGCCGUCGGCUUCCGCGGCUUCGGCCCCCCCUGGACAGUGCCUUGGCAUCGCUCGGACGUGUGCAUUGCUCCUUCGGCGAGGACCGUCGAGGAGCAUCCUCGAUCACUUGGCGAAGAAGCCGCGCGCGCAACCGAAC